CCACGUCCUGCUCGCCCGGGCUGCAUGCGCGGCGGCGUCGUCCCCCGGCGCGCGUAUAAAUACCUGCUCGCAGCGCGUCCAUGGCAACCGGCGCCCAUCUCAUCGAUCUCGACCGUCCUCCAUCGGCCUCGAACAAGCUAGUGGCUGUAGCUAGAGUGACCUCUCGGGGAGUAGCUAGGAUGGGGAAGGGUAGCGGUGGGGCCGGCUCGCGGUGGGCGCUGCUCCUGGUGGCGGGGGUGCUGCUCGCCGCGGCGGCGACGGCCGCCGCGGAGGAGGACGUGGGCUCGGAGGUGGCGGCGGCGGCCGACCGGGACCCGAAGGAGGACCUGCGGUGGUGCAGGAAGGGGUGCCGGUGGCAGUACGGGCAGGACGCGCGGCGGCGGGCGGAGUGCGAGCGCGAGUGCCGGGAGCGGCACCACCUCCAGGACGAGCGGGAGGACGAUGAGGACGCGCUCGGCGGCUCUGGGAGGGGCGAGUGCCGGCGCAGGUGCGCGAGCCGCUACGAGGACCAGCCGUGGCGGGUGCCCGAGUGCGUGAGCCGGUGCCGCCCCCGCGGCGCCGCGGAGGAGGACGAGGAGGAGGAGAACGAGGGCGGGCGCGAGUGCCGGCAGCGGUGCGAGCGCCGCCACGCCGGGGACUGGCGGGAGAAGCAGCGCUGUCUGAUGGAGUGCCGCCGCCGGGAGGAGGGGGCUGCCGAGGACGACGACGGCAACCGGUGCCCGUGCUCGUGCAGGAAGCAGUGCGAGCGCCACCAGGACCAGGGCAGCAGGCGGCGCUGCGUCGAGGCCUGCGAGCGCCGCCGGGAGCAGGAGGGCGAGGACUGCAAGCGCUGCGCCGAGGAGUGCAAGCGCCAUGGCGACCAGCGCAGCAGGCAGCGCUGCGUCGAGGCUUUCGAGCGCCGGGAGCGGGAGGAGGGCCGCCGCGGCGGCAGCCGCGACGCCGACGCCGGCUCCGGAGAGGACAGCGGCCACGGGGACCGGUGCGAGAGGAAGUGCCAGCGCUACAGCGACUGGCCGGCGAAGCUGCGGUGCAUGGAGCAGUGCCAGCGCGAGGAGGGCCGCGGCGACGACGCCGACGAGCAGGAGGACAGCUACUGCACCGGCCGCUGCGAGGAGAGGUGCCAGCACCACGGCGGCCGGGAGACGCAGAGGCGGUGCGUGCGCCGCUGCGAGCGCGAGGAGGGCUGCAGCCGCCGCCGCGACGCCUCCGCCGCCGCCGGCGAGGAGGAGGGCAACGACGACCGCAGCUGCAGGCAGCAGUGCCAGCACUACCGCGACUACGACAGGAAGAAGCGGUGCAUGCGCGACUGCCGCCGCCACCAGGGCCGCGGCGAGGACGGCGAAGAGCUCGCCACCGGCGAGGAGGGCAACCACCACUGCAGGGAGCAGUGCCAGCACCACCGCGACUACGACAGGAGGCAGCAGUGCAUGCGCGAGUGCCGCCGCCACCACGGCGGCGGCCGCGGCAGCUGGGAGACGGUGGCCGGCGCCGUCCUCCAGGUGGUGUGACGCGCAUGGAGACGGUGUCACGGCGCCGGCCGCCACACGUGGCCGGCCUGCAGGUGGACCCCACCCGUCGACCAAGUACUACCGCUCCUCGUCCGCAUAUACACCUGUGUACGCGCACGCGUACGUAUACGUCUUCUGUACGUAGAGGCGUAGACGAAUAAUAAAGAGCGGUGGACGCAUACGUGGCGACGGCUCUCCGUACGAGAGGGAGCUGUCGUGUACCGUAUGUGAUGAUGUAAAUACGUGGAUGCGUGGGACCCGCUAUCUGGUGACACUGUUUGCCUAAAGUUUGCUUCUGGAACUCCUAGUUGAGAGGCUAUGUAAGUGAGAUGUGUGCUGUUGUUAAAUAAAGUGACACCGUUUACAAAAA